AUGAAGUUUCUCUUUCUAAUUUGCCUGCUUGGAUCUGCCAGAGGAGCAUCAGGUCAACCUGAUGAGACUCUUGGCUCUAUCGAUCAUCAAGCUUCAAUUGAAAAGCAACUUUCAGGUGAGUACUUUUCACGUGGAAACCCAUCAGAUGCCGAGGCUUUAUACGAGUCCACUUCAGGUGAGCACUCUUUAAGUGAGCACUCUUCAAGUGCGCAUUCUUCCAGUGAGAGCACAAGUGACAAAGCUUCUGGGGAAAAGGCUUCUGGGGAAAAGGCUUCAGGGGACAAAGCUUCUGGAGAAAAGGCUUCAGGAGAAAAGGCUUUGGGUGAAAAGUCUUCAGGUGAACAACCAUCAGGUGAAAAGUCAUCUAGUGACCAGGCUUUGGCUGAAAAGCCAUCAGUAGAAAAGCCUUCAGAUGAAAAGCCUUCAGGUGAUAAGUCUUCAAGUGAACAGCCUUCAAGUGAACCAUCUUCUGGUGAACAGUUUUCCAGUGAAAAGCCUUCCAGUGAACCACCUUUGGGCACACUAUCUUCAAUCACACCAUCUUCAGGCACAGGAUUAAAUUGCCAUACAUGCUCUUACAUGAACGAGCAAGGAAAAUGUCUUCGUGGAGAAGGAGUCUGCAUCACUCAGAAUUCCCAGCAGUGCAUGUUAAAGAAGAUCUUUGAAGGUGGAAAACUUCAAUUCAUGGUUCAGGGAUGUGAGAACAUGUGCCCAUCAAUGAACCUCUUCUCCCAUGGAACUAGGAUGCAAAUCAUAUGCUGUCGGAAUCAAUCUUUCUGCAACAAGAUCUAA